GGAGCUAUGAUUGGCCGUGGGGCCGGCCCUCCAGAAAGCCCCGCGGGGCUUGCUUAAGCUGCGCGCUCUGGAUGGGAGGGGCGCGGCGCAGCGUCUGUAGCCGCCUCCGUCCCCCUCCGUCUGCCCGCCCGCCGUUGGUCCCUCCAGCAGCCCGCCUGCUGGGCAGGGCCGGCCCGGCCCGGCCAUGGAGUCCUACGACAUCAUCGCUAACCAGCCUGUGGUCAUCGACAACGGUUCGGGGGUGAUCAAGGCUGGCUUUGCCGGAGACCAGAUUCCCAAAUACUGUUUCCCAAACUAUGUUGGGCGCCCCAAGCACAUGCGGGUGAUGGCUGGAGCCCUGGAAGGGGACCUCUUCAUCGGACCAAAAGCAGAGGAGCACCGGGGGCUGCUGGCCAUCCACUACCCCAUGGAGCACGGAGUGGUGCGGGACUGGAAUGACAUGGAGCGCAUCUGGCAGUACGUCUACUCCAAGGACCAGCUGCAGACCUUCUCCGAGGAGCAUCCUGUUCCUACGGAGGCCCCACUCAACCCGAGUAAGAACCGGGAGAAGGCGGCAGAGGUGUUCUUUGAGACCUUCAACGUGCCAGCCCUGUUCAUCUCCAUGCAGGCUGUGCUCAGCCUGUAUGCAACAGGACGCACAACGGGAGUGGUUUUAGACUCCGGGGACGGGGUCACCCACGCUGUCCCCAUCUACGAGGGCUUUGCCAUGCCGCACUCCAUCAUGCGGGUAGACAUUGCCGGCCGUGACGUCUCCCGCUACCUCCGGCUGCUGCUGCGCAAGGAAGGGGUCGACUUUCACACCUCGGCCGAGUUUGAGGUUGUCCGGACCAUCAAAGAGCGGGCCUGCUACCUGUCCAUCAACCCGCAGAAGGAUGAGGCUCUGGAGACAGAGAAGGUGCAGUACCUCUUGCCGGAUGGCAGCACGCUUGAUGUGGGGCCAGCGCGAUUCCGGGCCCCUGAGCUGCUGUUCCAGCCAGACCUGAUAGGGGAUGAGAGCGAGGGGCUCCACGAGGUGCUGGCCUUCGCCAUCCACAAGUCCGACAUGGACCUGCGCCGGACACUGUUUUCCAACAUCGUCCUUUCAGGUGGCUCCACGCUGUUCAAAGGCUUCGGCGACCGGUUACUAAGUGAGGUAAAGAAGCUUGCCCCAAAGGACGUCAAAAUCAAGAUCUCGGCCCCUCAGGAACGGCUAUACUCGACGUGGAUCGGCGGCUCCAUCCUAGCCUCGCUGGACACUUUCAAGAAGAUGUGGGUAUCCAAAAAGGAAUAUGAAGAGGAUGGCUCCCGGGCUAUUCAUCGUAAAACGUUCUAG